CCCUGUCCACCCCAAGAAACAAAGAUGAAGUCCCCUGUAGCUGUUUUAACCCAUUAACCCACCGAUCAUCUACCCAGUGUGUGUUAGGUACAGGGAGGGAGGGAGAUGUGGCUAGUGCAGGAAAAUAAGGCAGAGAAGGUGCUGCCCAAUGAGCCAAGAAUGUGGGGACAGUUACAGCUGUGCCUCUUCCCUGCUUCCCUUCCCAAAGGAGCUAGAAGAGGGUGGGGAAUUCCUGAUGAUGGGCCUGAAGAGGCUGGGGAAGUGAUGGGAAUACCAGGGAUUGAUUUGUGUAGUUUGGUCACCUAAUCCGUACUCAAUAGCCUUUACCUGGACGAGAAUUUUAGACUGCUGGAGGACACUAGCGCUGGCUGAAAAGCUCAGAUAGGCUUCCCCUCCCUUGGGGAUCAUUGCAACAUGAGACCCAAGGGAGCCUGGAAGUCAGCCCCAGCCCCGCCUACUUCUCCUGGGUACUAGUCCCCAGCACCGACCACUCAGAAAGAGGGGAUUGGCUGAGGAGCUUGGAGAGGGGGAGUCAUCACCUCCUAGCCCAAAGGUUAAAUAGGGCUUCAAGCAAGAUGCUCCAGAGAAGCGCUCUCUUUCGUGGGCCCCCUGAACCACACCAUGACCCAGGCCCUCAAGUUCGCUGCCAGAGUGUUCCAUCGCGGCCGCUGUGCUCCCGAGCUGGGCGCCUCUCGGGACUACAGAAACUACGACUCAGCACCCCGGGGCUUGGCAGACAUCCCAGGCCCCUCCACCCCCAGCUUUCUGGCCGAACUUUUCUGCAAAGGGGGGCUGUCGAGGCUACAUGAGCUGCAGGUGCAGGGCGCUGCGCGCUUCGGGCCCGUGUGGUUGGCCAGCUUCGGGACGGUGCGCACGGUGUACGUGGCCGCUCCUGCCCUCAUCGAGCAGCUGCUGCGACAGGAGGGGCCCCGGCCAGAACGCUGCAGCUUCUCGCCCUGGGUCGAGCACCGUCGCCACCGCCAGCGAGCUUGCGGACUGCUCACCGCGGAAGGCGAAGAAUGGCAGAGGCUCCGCAGUCUUCUGGCCCCGCUCCUCCUCCGGCCUCAUGCGGCCGCCGGCUAUGCGGGGACCCUGGACAGCGUGGUCUGUGACCUUGUGCGACGACUGAGGCGCCAGCGGGGUCGUGGCACCGGGCCGCCCUCCCUGGUUCGGGACGUGGCCGGAGAGUUUUACAAGUUUGGACUAGAGGGCAUAGCCGCGGUGCUGCUGGGUUCGCGCCUCGGCUGCCUGGAGGCAGAAGUGCCGCCGGACACAGAGGGCUUCAUCCGCGCCGUGGGCUCCGUGUUCGUGUCCACGCUGCUGACCAUGGCGAUGCCCAGCUGGCUACAGCGCCUUGUGCCCGGGCCCUGGGGCCGCCUCUGCCGAGACUGGGACCAGAUGUUCGCAUUUGCCCAGCAGCACGUGGAGCGGCGAGAGGCCGAGGUAGCCAUGAGGAACCGAGGAAAGUCUGAGGAGGACGUGGGACCUGGGGCGUACCUGACCUACUUCCUGUUCCGAGAAGAGCUGCCUGCCCAGUCCAUCCUGGGGAAUGUGACAGAGUUGCUGCUGGCCGGGGUGGACACGGUGUCCAACACACUCUCCUGGGCUCUGUACGAGCUCUCCCGGCACCCUGAAGUCCAGACAGCACUCCACUCCGAGAUCACGGCUGCCCUGGGCCAUGGCUCCAGUGCCCACCCCCCAGCCACCGCUCUGUCCCAGCUGCCCCUGCUGAAGGCCGUGGUCAAGGAAGUGCUUAGACUGUACCCUGUGGUACCUGGAAAUUCCCGUGUCCCAGACAAGGACAUUCAUGUGGGUGACUAUAUUAUCCCCAAAAAUACGCUGGUCACUCUUUGUCACUAUGCCACUUCAAGGGACCCUGCCCAGUUCCCAGAGCCAAACUCUUUUCGUCCAGCUCGUUGGCUGGGGGAGGAUCCAGCCCCCCACCCAUUUGCAUCUCUUCCCUUUGGCUUUGGCAAGCGCAGCUGCAUAGGGAGACGCCUGGCAGAGCUUGAGCUGCAAAUGGCUUUGGCCCAGAUCUUGACUCAUUUUGAGGUACAGCCUGAGCCAGGUGCUGCCCCAAUCAGACCCAUGACCCGGACUGUCCUGGUACCUGAGAGGAGCAUCAACCUACAGUUUGUGGACAGAUAGUCCUGUGGAAGGAGGCUGUUGACAUCACCCUACACCACAGCAAAGCAUUUGAGGCAGCCCUGACCAAUGUGUGAAGUAUGCACUUGGCCUGACUCAUUAGGCCCCAAGAAAACCAUGGUCCCUAUGCCUGCUGGUCAUAUACACUUCCCUCAAGGGCCAACCCAGAUUUUAACUAGUACUGCUGGGUGGCCUGAGGAAGGAUUCAACCACUGUUCUGUUGGUGCUUCCACACUGUUCAUGGAUGCUGCUGGGUAAGCAUUUGUCACAGCCUGAGCUAUAGUGCAUCUGUUCUGUACCUGGUGGUCCUUACUCUUUGCAUGUGAGCUCUUUGAGAGAAAGGGUGAGGUCUUAUUUGAUCUUUAUAUCCCCUGCCAGCGGGGAUAAACCUAUCUCUGACUAGGUGACACCAUACUCAUUCUCAGGUUGAAUCUGGACCAUGCGGCAGAAGGGAUAAGCAGCUUACCACACUGUCCCCACUUCCUUCGUCAUCUUGCCUCUAGGAAGGUGAAUCCAUCUUAGCCUGGUUUGUGAUUUUUUAAAACUCUCCGGUCACUAUUAAUGGGUUUGCCCUACUACUUAGCUCCCAGGCAAAUAUAUCUGUAGGCCUGUCCCUGCCCAGGCCUCUGCCUUUUUUAUAUUACAAAUUUUAAAUAUUCAUAAGUUUUACAAUUAAAACAUAAAAUGUUCCAUUUUAGACUUUUUACUUACUUCUCUUCCCCUCCCAAGUCCUAUAAGACCUGGAGGUAAGUCCUUGCCCCCCCAUCUCCCACCUCUGGUUCUCAGGUCCUUGGGGUGAUUCCCAUAACAAUGGGAGGUCUGGACACCUGGAAGAGUGGUUUGUAACACAAACCCAGACAGGAUUCUGUCUGGGGUGGGAACAGCCAAGUCUAGUCUGGCUUCCUGUAAAAGACUAAGGGGGUGGUGGUGAAAACUAGCUACAGGGGCUAAGCUGUAAAAUGGGUCAGGACCUAGGCAUUGGCAGAGAUGGGCAGAGGCUGCUGACUGGUAAGAGAAGUGCUUUUGGAGCCUGGACUACUACAACCAAAGGACAUCCUAGAAUGGCCACUCUGCCCUCUCUGGAAAAGUUGCUCCAAGAUAACUUCCUUCAGAGAAAGACAGGGAUACAGGCAGAGAAGUGACGUAAGACAGACAGGAUAAAAGCCGAAUGUGGGGGUGGCCAGAAGCCCUGGGGCACCAAGGCAGGAGAAAGGGGAUGAGCAGAGGGAGCUUCUGUUUCCCUGAGUCAGCACUCUCUGGCCACCCAGAAGCUGGGCACAGUUCUCCCCUUGUGAUAUAUACAGAUUAACUCAUCUUCCAUCCAAAUAAAUCUCUCAGCACACUCUGUGCAGCUCCCUCUAUAUCCCAGAUUACCCUUCCCGUGUCAGGACUUGCCCCCUUUCCCUCCCCUCCCCCCACUGCUCCAUUCCAAUUAGCUGGGUGUAGAUGGAGAUUUCAUUUCAUACUUCUUCCUCCCCUGCACCACCUCAGCCCCCUGCCCUAGACAUGGCUCCCUGACCACACAAACGCCAUUAGCCACCAAGCCUUCUGUGGGGCAGGAUCUAGUUAUGCAAGAUCUACAGAGGGGUAGGGCAUACUCAAAGCCUUGUGCAGAGACCAAGAUUUUUGUGCAUUUACUGCUCCUCCUCUGAAAUCCUUUUCUACUGUACACUCCAACCAUAUUUUCCUAUCACUAAGCUGAACUUGAACCUAAAUGACCCGAUUUUUUAGCAUAUUUGAGCUUUGAGGUAGAAUAAAGCCCAGCUUACUGACAGACCUUUCUCCUGGAAUCAGUGAUGAGAAUUCUACACACCCACACUCCCCAUUCCCCAUUGGCCAAGUAGGAAUGCCCACUUCAGGAUGGCAACAGUUCCUUAUAACCCCUUUCCUGGACAAGGAUCUCUUCAGAAAAAUGGAAGAAGAGAUCAUACUGAUUGCUGGCCCGAACCCCUAUACCAAGACCUCCAUUGGUGCAAAAGGAGAGGGGAAAGCACUGUCUCACUUGGCCUGGUUUUAGGAUCCAGAGUGGAAAUAGAGAUUGUGUUUGUGUGCGUGUCUAUGUUCUUGAAUAUGUCAAACCUUCCAUGCAGAGCCACCACGGGGACAGCCCAGGCUUUGCACAGGAAGCCCCAUAUAUGUCCUAUGUACCUGAGCCCUAUCUGCCAGUAUAGGUAUUAGUAGUCAUUCUGAUUUGCUGCUUCCCAUUUGGUCCCCACCAACUCUUUUGUGAAUGGCAAAUCAAUAAAAUCUGGCCCUUCUGUCUCCCCAAGUGGAGAGUGGAGAGUCUUAUCUCUGGGAAAACAGAUCACCACUGGGAAGGUGGAGGGCUCAGCCACAGUCCCCUGUCCACUCUGAUCCCCUCAGAAGUUGGAAGUGAUAUGUUUUCACACUCGGACCCCAGUCCAGCUUUGGUUCCUACACCCCCAGGCAUGUUUGGGUGCCAGCACCAUGGACAGCGGCCAAUACCACUUGGGAGAGAAAGGAAUCAAGUUUUCCUGACAAGGAUAUGUGGGCCUUUAGAAGAGAAGUAUUUUCUCCAAAAUAUCCUCAGGGAGGAGGCAGAGCAGAACCUUUCCUGAGAGAAGGGCCAAUAAUAAGAAAGUCCUCUACAUCUGACUUUAGCAGUGUAUGAAGGAAUUAUUUUAAUUGCUGAUGAAUAGUUCACUUAAAAGACACCAUCAUUCAUGUAAUACACAGUCCCAAGGUCUCAGGAGAAAGGGACCAGGCUUCAGGCUGACCCACAUUUUAAAUAGUCCUUCCCAAAUCUCUUCUCUGUAAACAGUCCCCUAUAUGCUGCUGCCUCUAAGCACAAUACCUUCCAUUAACACCACGAGCUAGGCACACCAGGGUCAGACCUGUGACCCUAAACUGCCACAGGCAUAGCUUAAACUGGCAUUGGAGACUCACCACACUGGGGAAUUCCCUCUGUCUCACUCCAAAUGAGUCCAAAUUCACUUCACAUUUUUCUGGGUAAGCACAGUACCUGGGGUGAACUAACAGAACUCAGAUGAUAUCUAGAACAAGACAGAUGGCUCCAGCCUCUCCAAGCCCCAGGCCCCAAUAUUUAGAGAGUCAGAGGAGUUCUCAUUCUUACAAAUAACUAUCAUCCUUCACAUUUGCAAUGUCCAUUUCCCCUCAUAUUUUCAUAUCUGUUAUGUCACUCAACACAAAAUUCCAAGAUUCUUUGGAACUCCAGAUGAAAAACACGUUUUGGAAUUUGUUAUACCAACUACUAUAUGAAAUAAAUGGACCAUCAACUAGUCUA